AUGCCACGUGAACGACGAGUAGUGAUUGUGGAGAGCUUACUUACUCCUACACAAUUCAGAGAAACUGUUUGUGAGGCGCUUCUUGAAGUUCUGAAUGUACCCAGUGUUCUUUUUAUUCCUUCUCAUCUCGCUGCAACAUUCCCUUUCAAUACAGAAUAUGCGCUCGUUGUAGAUGUCGGAUAUGUGGAAACACUCGCAGUUCCUAUUGCUGAAAGUGUAACUAUGUUGUCUUGUUGGGAACUUUCAAGUGUUGGUUCGAGAAGAUUGGAAGACCGCGUACGGGAAUUGCUCAAGGUUCAUGGCCGCGUGGACAGUGGUGACGGUGUUCGUGAACUGAACGAAGACGACUGGAAAAUAAUAGAGGACUCCAAUAUUGUGGAAGAUAUAUGUGUACGUUUUGUCUUUUGCUGUCCCUUUGAACGUGGUCAAGCCAUCCAGGCAAGUGGUGCGGAGCACGGUUUGCCUCCGGUGAAAUCUGUAAAAGUACCCCUUGGUGCUGAGUUUCUCAUAAUUCCUGGAUUCGUAAGAGAAGCUGCCUGCGAGGUUUUCUUCGAACGCAGCAAUGAGGAUCCCUCCAUUGGACAAAUGAUCCACACACUUGUUGAAAGAUGCCCACUGGACUUACGCAAACUAAUGUUCGAAAGCAUUCUGCUGACUGGAGGCCCUACGCUUAUUCCAGGAUUCCUUGCUCGUUUGAAGGAAGAGAUUGCCGACAUUGCGAAGACGAGCCCUAGUAAAAUGAAGCAAUGCGAAUCCAUUCGUUUCUAUAGGUUUCCGAAUCAGACAACUGAAUUGUAUUUGGGAUGGCUUGGAGGAGUUAUGUUCGGCAUUGCCAAGAUCGUGACGAGACGGUCAGUAUCGAGAGAGCGUCGUUGA